AUGCGUGACUGUGGGGAAGGGGAGAGAACCCGGUCCAAUGUUGCUUUUGUGGCGGAGCUCUCAAGGAGUAUUACAAAUCCAACAAACAAUUUCCACAUCGUGUUUGAUAACGUCAAGCUUAACGUUGGAAAUUCGUACCACCCCAUUCACGGAAUAUUUGUCGCCCCAUAUCCAGGAAUCUACCACUUUGCAGUCGAAAUUACAGCACCCCCUACUUCUGAUCCUUCUCACAUGAUGCAUGUUCGCAUUAUGAAGAAAACGCAGUCAGUGGCUAUCACAUUCUUGGACGCCAACACGCAUCAUUAUCUGCGCAGAACCGGAUCUGUUGUUCUACAGCUCAACACUGGGGAUGAUGUCUGGUGCCAAACUGAAGAAAUGCAUGGCCAAAACACAAUUACUGGUGGAAAUACAUACUCAAUGUUCUCAGGCUUCAUAAUACACCCGAUUCAUUAA